AUGAAUUGUGAAUUUAUACCAUUUAUUACCUCCUUUGAAUAUCUUUCUAAUGAACUUAUCUAUGAAAUUUUUGAUUAUCUGGAUUUUUACGAUGUUCAUAAAAGCUUUUUAAAUCUUAACAUUCGCUUUUAUAAUCUUAUUAAUUCGUCGGCAUUUCCUAUUAAAAUCAAUCUUUCAUCAAUAUCAAGAUUGAUGUUUCAACUUUAUUAUAAACAUAUUAUUAUUCCUUAUCAAAAUCGAAUUACUUUGCUUCAAUUAUCGAAUCAUUUUAUUGCUGAUCUUUUUUCAGUACAAUACAAUAACAUGAUUCAACUUCGAACAUUAAUUCUUAGAAAUAUUGAAUCAAAAUUUCUUAACAACAUUCUUACAGAUUUAGUAUGUCUACCUUCACUUUCUUCAUUAGUUAUUAAACCGAUUGAUACUCUUCCAAACGGCAACGAUUUAUACCGUCAAAUAUUUCGUUUACCUGUAUUAAAAUAUUGUAAUGUAACAUUCAAUGAAGCUAUUAUCUCUGAACCGUUACCAUUUGCAACGGAUAAAGAAGUCAGUCCUAUCGAAAUAUUUCUUAUCAAUCAUGAUUGUCGUAUUGAUCAACUCAAUGCUUUUUUAUCAUAUGUUUCUCAAGUUCGUCGUGUUUCAUGUCAUAUUCUAUCUAAAUUAAGUAAUCAUCAAAUACCAAUACGAUCAAUUGAAUUAAAGAAUUUAACACAUCUUUCUCUUACAAUGAAAGAUCUAACAUUUGAUCAAAUUAAAUUAUUAAUUGAAAAACUUUUUAAUUAUCUUCAAGUUUUUCAUAUUACUACAAAUUAUUCUUUAUCAUAUUCCGAUAUAAAUCAAUGGGAACAAAUGAUAUUACCUUAUUUACUAAACUUACGUAUUUUUCAUGUCAAAUUAUUAUCUGAUCGACCAAAAUAUCUAUUUUGGUUCAAUCAACAAUGGUAUAAUGAAGGAUUGGAAACAGUUUCUCAUAGUUUUUAUUCAAUACAAUCAAUUAAAUAUCAUUGGUUGCAUGAAGAAUUAUUUCCAGCUACACAUAUAAAUAAUUUUUAUUCAGUUAAUCAUAUCUCUAUUCAUAACGAGAUAGAAAUGACUCGUAAUUUAAUUUAUUUUCCUAAUGUUACGAAAUUGACUAUUUUUCCGUAUUCAAAUCGAACUUAUCAUUCGCUUUCAACUAUACUUGAUCGAAUCAUUCCUUUGAUACAAUUGACGGAAUUAAUUAUAAAUUAUCCGAAAUUUUGUAUUGGAGAAUUAGUUGAAUUAUUAUAUUAUUCACCAAAUAUUAGAAUAUUAAUACUUCAUUCAAUUUCAUUUAAUAAAAUAACAUCUCGAUUGAUACAAGAAAGUCAAACUUUCGAAACAGUAUCGAAGAAGAACAGAAUUACAAAUGUUACUAUUGCAGAAUCUUAUACAUAG